AUCAGUGUUGGGAUCCGGUGAAGGCGGGGCGUUACUAAGGCACCGCCGACUGCAGGUAAACGCCAAUAACAUGGUGCCUCGGCGACUAGUCUGUUUACGCCAAGAAACGGGAACAAGGAGUUGUUGAAAACGUUUAAAUUUCUACUUUUCUUUUGUAAACCGAACAGAUUUUAUAGUUUUAUUUUUUUUAUCGUAUUUUCGGUUAUGGGAUUGCUUGAGUACUGAUGUGUCACUUGUCCCAAUGGAAAGGGGGCUUCGCUUUGGCAACGUGGGCAAAUCCCUUGUGCUGCUGCUGUUGAUGUUGAGAGCUGUGAGUGCGAGCACCGUGCAGUUUAACUCUCUGUCCCGGACAGAGCUGGAGACAGCGGACACGGUGAUGGAGCACGGGCUGGAGAGCAGCAUCGGGGACGCCACGGUGGAGGACGACGAGAACAGCGCGGCUGGAGAGAGUGAAGAUCCGGCGGCCGGAGACAACGACACAAACGUCAACCAACACGCCAGAAGCUUGGUGAUCAUAAGCACUCUGGAUGGGCAGAUUGCGGCUCUGGAUCCUCUGAAUCACGGGCGCAAACAGUGGGAAUUGGACGUGGGCUCUGGCUGCCUGCUGUCAUCCAGCUUCAGCAAACCAGAGGUGUCUGGGAAUAAGAUGUUCAUCCCGUCUCUGGACGGAGCUUUGUUUCAGUGGAACAGGGACCGGGAACGCAUGGAGGCUGUUCCUUUUAGUGUGGAGUCCCUGCUCGAGUCUUCUUACCGUGUUGGUGAGGACACUGUGCUGGUUGGAGGAAAAUCGCUCACCACAUAUGGUCUGGGAAUCUACAGUGGCAAGUUGAAGUAUAUCUGUUCAGCUGUGGGCUGCAGUCAUUGGGGAGAGGAGGAGACCGAGCCAGAGGACAUUCUGUUGCUGCAGAGAACACAGAAAACCGUCCGAGCUGUGACCCCCCGCAGCGGCUUUGAGAAGUGGAACUUCAGCGUGGGAAACUUUCAGCUAAAGUUUGUUCCAGAGACUGAGACACAGCUCAGCUCCUUGGAAGGGGAAACUGGCAACAAGGAGGCAUGGCAUGAACUGCCACAUGACUGGCAGCAUGUGAUCCUGGAAGACGCAGAAGCACACAGUCAAAACCAUGCUAACGCACACAUACAGGCAGAAGGGAUGGACCUGGUGAUCAAAGUUUCUAUUCCAGAUUUGAAGGUCAUGGCAUUUAGCAGUGGACCUGGAGGACAGCUCAUCUGGGAGCAUAAGUUCUGCACACCUAUUGCCUCAGCCUGGUUGGUCAAAGGAGGAAUGGUGACCCCGAUCAGUCUGUUUGAUGACACCUCUUACACCGUCCAGCCAGAGAGAGAGAUUCACGAGGAGGAUGAUGACCUCAUGGAGGAGGCGCGUGGAGCCACGGAGUCGAGUAUUUACCUAGGGAUGUUUCAAGGUCAGCUGUAUUUACAGUCUUCAGUUCGAAUGACUGAGAAGUUUCCAUCUAAACCCAAAGCCCUGGACAGCGACCAUUCCAGAAGAGACAUCAUUCCUCCACCCACCGUCAAAUGGAAGCCUCUCGUCCACACUCCCUCACGCACUCCGGCGCUCGUGGGGACAAAAGAGUUCGACAAGUGCUUGAACAACGAUAAACAUUCUUAUGAGGAGUACAGCAAUGGUGCUCUGUCUAUACUGCAGUAUCCUCACGAUAAUGGGUACUACUUCCCAUACAAUUCACGGCACCGUGGUCGGCGUGAGGUAACUGCAGUGAGCGUACUACAUACCAUCGAGUCUGGGGGGAUGAGGAGGAAAGACCCAGUGCUACUUCUGCCAUGGUGGAAAGAGAUCUUGGGCACCAUCAUCUUUUGCAUUGCCGCUACCACUUACAUCGUUCGCAAGUUCUUCCACCCGCACACAACGUACAUCCGGCAGCGGAAGGAGUCUGAGACACAGUGUCAGACAGACAACAAGUAUGAGCCGGACACCGGCGAACCCAGGGAGGCAGUCACAGACGCACGGCCCAGUGAAUACGUGUCUAGGUACCUGACAGACUUUGAACCAGUGCAGUGUUUAGGUAGAGGCGGCUUCGGAGUUGUUUUUGAGGCACGGAACAAAGUCGACGAUUGCAAUUACGCCAUCAAGAGGAUCCGCUUACCCAACAGGGAAGUAGCUCGUGAAAAGGUGAUGCGGGAGGUGAAGGCCUUAGCGAAACUGGAGCAUCCAGGUAUCAUCCGUUACUUCAACGCUUGGCAGGAGAGCCCACCUCAGGGCUGGCAGGAGGAAAUGGAUCGACGCUGGCUUAAAGAUGCCAGUGCUACUGAUUGGCUGCUCAGCUCUCCAGACCACGUGGAGGCUUUUUCUGUGAAGGUGCCUGUCCCUACUCCCUCUCCUCUGGAGUUGCAGUGUGAGUGUGUGGGUGGUUGCAGCGUUGGUGUACUUGCUGAGGAUCACGUGUGCGUGGACGGCUUGGGGCUGGACAGCAUGAUGUCGGAUCAGGACAGUCAUGCCGACGUUGACCACAACACGGAACUAUCGGGAUCUCCGCAUUCGUUUGAGCUCUGUCCUCCCCGCACGGUGGCCCAUAACGACUGCACUUCUUCUUCAUUUGACAUCAUUUUUGAAGACUCUGGAUGCGAUCAGCAUGAAAACGACACAGAGCUCAGCCACUCCACACCCAAUCAGAUGCGGUGUCCCUCUCGGUCCAGUUCCAGAUCUCAGCACACCUUUUCCUCAGACCCAUCCUCUUUCACUCCUCCUCGGCCAACAUCUCUAAAGCUGCCACCACAAGCUCCCACUCCUGCUCCACGGCUGGCCCUGACUCCCAAAGUCUACCUGUACAUCCAGAUGCAGCUGUGCAGGAAGGAGAACCUGAAGGACUGGAUGGCACAGCGCUCUCAGCCUGAGCUCAGAGAGCACUCGCAGUGUCUCGGCAUCUUUUUGCAGAUCGCAGAAGCUGUCGACUUCAUCCACAGCAAGGGGCUUAUGCAUCGAGAUCUGAAGCCCUCUAAUAUCUUCUUCACACUGGAUGACGUAGUCAAAGUGGGGGACUUUGGGCUGGUGACUGCUAUGGAUCAGGAGGAAGAUGAAGAUGAGGAAAUAAACACACUCACCCCUAUGCCAGAUUACGCUCGCCACACUGGACAAGUGGGUACUAAACUCUACAUGAGCCCAGAACAGUUGUCAGGGAACUCGUACUCUCAUAAAGUGGACAUUUACUCUCUGGGGUUGAUCCUUUUUGAGCUGCUCUGCCCGUUCCGCACACAGAUGGAGAGAGUCAGAACUCUCACCGAGGUCCGGGAGCUACAGUUUCCUAUGGCUUUCAUUAAGAAAAAUCUUCAGGAGGCUCAGAUGGUGCGCUCCAUGCUCUCUCCCGUUCCUGCCGAACGACCCGAAACAUCCGAGAUCACAGAGAUGCCACUGUUUCAAGAGCUGGAGGUGCCGUGCAGAAUCAGACAGCGCUCACGAACGUACAGCGCCUCAUCCACAGGCCGACCAUCACGACAGCUUUCCAGCAGUUAAACACCCAGAUGUGCCCACCGAGCUCUCGCCACCCUCUCAGCACCUCAACUGGAAACGAACCACAAUUUUUUGAGUCCUCACAAUCGAAGCACAUGCUAUAAUCUCAGUCUUUAUCUCUAGAAAACAGGGGGAAUUUUAGCCUCUCAGUCAUUCUAUCUCGAGCACAAACCCACACACGGAAGCCUGCCUGCAAUGCCUCUGCCUCUCACCUCACCUCACCUGCCUCACUGCAUUGACUUUUUUUCUCACUAUCCGGGUCAGCCCCAUCGCCUUCUUCCAUCCUUUACACACUGAAGACUUUCACUCAGGAGAGAAGAUGCUAACCAAACUGCUCGUCACGGAUCAAGCUCAGAUUCUGAAGCUCCAUGAUGGACGCGUCAUCAUCUUUACCUCAGUUGCUCGUCCAUACCGUGUACACACACUCAUGGAUUUGUCAUUGUGGAAAUGAAACAUAUUACAGUGCUGAAUGAAGGAAAGCUGAUUAAUGAGCUGCUUUGGAACGCUGGUCGCUCACCUUUUUUUUUUAAUAGGAAGUUGCACAGGACUGGCUUC